AUGACAAGAGAAGAUAGAAUAAGGAACGAAUAUAUGAGAGGAAGUAUUGGUGGAGUGUCGAUAGAGGACAAGAGGAGAGAAAAUAGACUGAGAUGGUUUGGAUAUGUGAUGAGACGAGAGAAAACAAAAGCAGUAAGAGUGGUUAUAAAAACUAACGUUGAAGGGAAAAAACAAGACCAAAAAAGGUUUGAUAUGAUUGAGAAUAAUAUGAGGGCUGUUGUUGUGUGCGUAGAGGAUGAAAUUGAAUGGUCUUUUGGUUGGAGUUGUGAUAUUGGAUUGAUUAGUAUUUCAAAUACAGAAACGAAUGAUCAAUUAUUGCGGGCGUUUUUUGUUAGUGCCCAAGUUGGUAUUGUAUUUGAGUACUGUUAUAUGACAAAUAAAAUGAUGAAUAUGAACAUGUUAACUGGUCACCGUAAUUGUAUCAGUAGUUUCGAUGUCAACUCGGACGGUCGUUGGUUGGUCACAGUCGACAAUGGUGAUAACUCAAUGCUAAUAAUUUGGAAUUCUUUUGAAAAGAACCCAAUUUUAACUUUACUCUCGCCGUUUAAAAUGGGUAUUGCCAUCGUCGUAAAAUUCAGCAUUGAUUCAAAAUAUUUGAUUACAGUUUCGAUUGAUACCGAUGGAGAACAGACAAUCAGUCUAUGGGAGUGGAUGUUGGGCUUAGAAGAACCUACUUAUUCAAGAAAACUCAACAAAAGUUUUAAACCAAUCAUUCAUUUAUCGUGCUGUGACAAUAAUCCAAAUUUCUAUUGUUUUACAACCAAGAAACAUGUAUUUUUCAUGACACUGGUAGAAAAUUCGAAGACAUUAAUGAUUAAUGUUCCCAAAAAAAAUCCAGAACAAAAGAAGUAUAAUUACACACAGUCAACAUAUCUAACAAACUUCCGUCAAGUCGUAUCAGCAUCUACUGGAGGUUCAAUCACUGUGUGGGACGAUACCAUUUAUAAUACAAGGAGAUUAAAAAACACAAAAAUAACAAACAACAAACAAUUUUUAAAAAAUAUUCAAUUGGAUGAUUAUCCCAUUACUACUAUAAUUUGUCAAAGAUUUAUAAUAACGGGAAAUACGAAUGGUGAUGUAUUUAUUUACGAUCAAUCUUUGCUUGUUCUAUUCCAUUUAGACAAGUUGGUCGGUAAUUCCAUCACUUCCAUAUCAAUGAUUAAUGCCAAUUUUAUUGAUAAAGACAGUGUAUUUGAUAGAAAUGUGUUUAAUAAAUUGGAAUACAUGAUCAAAAUCAUGCCGCACAUCAAUAUCUACUCUGAACAUACAACACAAGAUUGUGAUAACAAACCCAGAUUUGGUAUAGAUUUUACUACCCGCCAAGACUUUAAAUGUGAUCCAUUUCUAAUAAGCACAAGAAAUUGUAAAAUUUUCCAAAUCGACAUUUUUAGAGAAUUUUGUGUUCAACUUGUUGAACAGUUCAUUGAAGCUUCUGUCACUGCAUUGGAAGUGCAUCCAAAACAGUAAAACAUCGAAUAAUAUGCAUUUUUAAUGUCACAACACAUAGUCACGCGUUUCUACGACCCUUCAUUGAUUUUUACAAGCAUAAAUAUAUGAAACAUUUUUUAUAAUAGGUCAUUCGUAGUACUAGGUAAUUCAAUCGGCGGGCUUGGUCUGUUUGAUUAUAUGACAAGAAAAUUAGUUAAAACUGUAACGAGCGACACCAGCAGCAAGGGAAUUAAAAAUAAUAAAAAUCAAGUUACUUGUAUUA